AUGACCAAUCCUUUUUUAUUGCUACAGUUUAUGUAAUUCAAACUACUGUGUAUGGCAUGUUUUGAUACCUGUCAAUCUUUUGAACUUGUUAAGGCAUAAAUUUGUGGCUUUUGUCGAAAGAAUUGGAUUUAUUUUUUUUUCGUUGAUCUAUUUAUCCAUUUUAUUUCCAUCGUGAAUAUUUGUUGAUCGUUGAGUUAGUUAUAAAGUUAUAAAUGUGUAGAUAUUCCCACUUUUUAUUAUUUGAGUACAAAUUCGAGUUUGUUAUUUUUAAUGGAACUAUUCAUUUUUUAGCAAUGCAAUAUUUAAUAUUCCUAUCCUUCUUUUUUACAUAUAAAUAUGUUUUUUUUCCCUCAUGUUAUAUUAUUUCCUUGAUUCCUCUUCAGGCGUUCUUUCCUUACAGAUUGACAAAGGGUACAUGUCGCCUCAUUUCAUUAUGAACAAGCAUAAAUCUCUAGUGGAGUUUGAAAAUGUUAGAGUUCUUGUGACUGCUCAAAAGAUAUCAACUGUGAAAGAUAUUGUGCCUUUGCUGGAAAAGACCACCCAAUUGAGUGUUCCUCUACUCAUUAUUGCUGAAAAAAUUUCAAGCCAAGUGCUGGAAACUCUUGUUGUCAACAAAAUGCGAGGGUUCAACUCAUCAAAAAUAUGUGAUGGUAUAGCUUACAUUCGCAAGCGAAGAGAGGUGGGAACGAGCUAUAAAAGAGGAUAUGCACUUUGCAGGAAGUCACGGCCGUUGACGUAGGUACAAGUUGAAGGUUUUAGUUGAUGUAGAUAACACCUAGUUUGGACUGC